UGUGACGUCAUCUUGUGUAUUCAGGAAUGGUUUGACAAGGGAUCAAUUUUUCAGUUGUGUGGGAAAUCUCGCUAAUUUAUUUUAGUACAAUUGGCACGAAGAGUUCGGCCUAAAUACCAAUUGAUCGGUUCCCUUGUGACGCAAACGGAUUCUUUGGUAGUCUGCUGAAAGAAGGUUGUAUGUCAGGCCACUCAGCAGCUAGAGUGAAACGUAACCUAGGAGACAAAGAGGAGAUCUCGUGGAUUCAAAACAACAACAAAAGAACAAACAAACAAACAAACUACAAGGGGCUUGUAUCAUCCCGUAUAACUUCUGCAGCCAGUCAGCUAAAAUGGAUUCCAGUGCAGAGGUUUCACCCAAGCAAAUGACUCGGUCUGAACGGAUCAAAAUAAUGGUCAUAGACAAUAUUAUUAUAAUCUGUCUCGUCAUCGCCGUAAUAAUCGGAGUAGGACUUGGAAUCGGACUGAGGGAUGUUUGGAAAGUCCCAGACGACAACGACAAGCUGUUCUUCCUCGAGUUCCCCGGACAGAUUCUACUGAGCAUGCUCAAAUGUCUCAUACUUCCGCUCGUCGUGUCCAGCAUCAUCUCCGCAGUUUCGUCCCUUCCCGGAAAGGCGUCGGGUAAACUCGGAGCCGGGGCCAUCAUCUACUACAUGACCACGACAGUGAUCGCCGUCAUCAUCGGAAUCGUCUUGGUCGAGUCUAUCCAGCCAGGCCACCAGGGCGAGCAGUCCAUCACGAAGACCGGGAAAUCGAAAGACGUGAAGCCUUUAUAUGCAUUACUUGAUGUAAUCAGAAACUGUUUUCCAGAAAACAUUAUAGCAGCAUGCUUUGAAAAGAUGGAGACCGAUCCACGCUCUGUUAACGUGACGACUGGAAACGACACUGUAGCGGUGCUUGUAGACAACCCGAAGAUAAGAAAUCAACCUGGAACCAAUAUCCUUGGUUUGAUUGUCUUCUCCGUCGCUCUGGGCUGCGUCAUCAAACACCUGGGCGUCGUCGGAAGACCUCUACAAUUCUUGUUCGAGUCUCUCAAUGCAGCUACGAUGGUUCUCAUCAAUCUUGUUAUUUGGUACUCUCCUAUUGGCAUCAUGUUUUUGAUCGCCAAGAAGUUCGCCGAGAUGGAAGACCCAGCUCGGGUUGUUGGGCAGCUUGGUUUCUACUGCAUCACUGUGCUCGCCGGCCUGCUAAUCCACGGAACCAUCGCCCUGCCUCUCAUCUACUUCAUCACAACACGGAAGAACCCCUACAUAUUUAUCUUCAGAAUGAUGAAGGCAAUCUUGACGGCCUGGGGAACGGCUUCGAGCUCCGCCAGUCUGCCAAUCACGAUGGAAUGUCUGAUAAACAAUAACAAAGUUCAUCGCGACAUCGCACGAUUCGUAGCUCCGAUCGGCGCCACCAUCAACAUGGACGGCACGGCACUGUACGAGGCUGUCGCCGCCAUCUUCAUCGCCCAGUACAACGGCAAGGAUCUCGGCGUAGAUAAAGUCAUUAUCGUUAGUAUAACCGCAACAGUGGCGGCCAUUGGCGCCGCAGGUGUGCCGCAAGCUGGCCUGGUUACCAUGAUUAUUGUUUUGACUGCAGUCGGCCUUCCAACUGAUGACGUCACCCUUAUUCUCGCAGUUGACUGGUUCGUGGACAGAUUCCGCACGGCCAUUAACGUGAUGGGUGACGCGAUUGGAGCAGGGAUCUUGAACCACGUGUUCCGGGACAUGUUUGCAGACGUUCCCGAUGUCGAGUCUGAGAUGAGAGUAGAUGCGGACAUGAUGGCCCACAAGGACGAUGUCAAGUUGACCCCUGUUACAGACACGAGCUCGAUACCAUCGUUAAACGGCGACUUUGUAAUGGGAAAAGGUGCUCCCGGGGACGCCAACAUGUUGAAAUUGUCUGAUUGUGUUGAUUCAGAGUUGAAGUAGGGAUCCCGGAUGUGAAACGUUUGCAAAGCUGUGCAUGGAAUGUCCGAUCUUUAGUUUCUGACCUCUGUGACUUUUACCUCGAUGGUAGUGUACAAUUGCUAAAAUGGAUCAUACAUCUUUAUAGUUUUAAAUAAUGCUGGCACAUUACAUUUUUUUCGGCAGGCAAAACAGGCAAAACCAAUUGAAUUGUAUUUUUUGUGUGUGUGUCAUAAUUAUUUUAGAAGAGGUAAUACUAAUAAUAAUUGAAGAGAA